AUGUUCUCUACACUUACAAUAAAAACAAAUAUGGUUGCAAUGAAAUUUUGCGGGUUACCAUUGUUGGUCUUACUUACAUUAUUUAUAUGGAUAUCAAUACUAUCAACAGGAACUGAUGCUCAAUUCAAUAAUAAAAAAAAACAACAACAACCAGGAACUUUCAAAGGAAAAGAUGGCGAUGAACACUUCAAUAUACAUGCAAAAGAAAAUAAUGAUGAUACUGAAUAUGGUAUAGAUCGACAAAAUCGUGGUCCAGAUGGAAAGAAGCCAUUGAAUCAAAAUGAUCAACAACAUCAUGAUGUUGAUCAUGAUAAGAAUGAUAUACAUCGACGAAAUCGCGGUCCACAUGGACACCAUAAUCGUACUGGUGUACAUGAUAAGAAGAAAGGAUUUCAUCGACAUCAUCAUAAUUCUAAUGAAUCAUCACCAUCAAGAGAUUUAAAUCGAAAACAGUGGAAAUUGAAUAAACACAAAGAUGGCAAGGACAAAAAACAUGGAGAACAUAUUUCACCAUGUUAUAAAGAUGGUCAACGUUUACCUGGUUGUAGAGACCAUCGAAAACAUUUUGCUCAACGUCGAGAACAAAAACAUCGAGAAAGACGACCAAAUCAUAAUGAAGAAUUUAAUCAAAAUGAAAUUCAUGGUAAAAAUAAAGAACACGCAGUUCAUGAUCCAUCAGUACAUCAACAAGGUGAACUCGAACAAAAACCACAUCAUUAA